AUGGCUGGCCGUGCUGUUCUCUUGGCCGGUGGCCCUGGUACUGGAAAGACGGCCCUGGCCCUUGCUGUGUCCCAGGAGCUGGGAACAAAGGUCCCCUUCUGUCCGAUCGUCGGCAGUGAGAUCUACUCUGCCGAAGUCAAGAAGACUGAGGCGCUGAUGGAGAACUUCCGGAGGGCGAUUGGUCUUCGUGUGCGCGAAACGAAGGAAGUCUACGAAGGAGAAGUGACGGAGCUGACGCCCGAAGAGACCGAAAACCCUCUGGGAAGCUACGGACGGACGAUUAGCCAUCUCAUUAUCGGACUGAAGUCCGCAAAGGGUACUAAGAAGCUGCGGCUUGACCCCAGCAUCUACGAGGCCAUCCAAAAGGAGCGAGUUACUGUCGGAGACGUGAUCUACAUCGAAGCGAACACUGGAGCGUGCAAGCGAGUGGGACGGUCCGAUGCCUAUGCCACCGAAUUCGAUCUUGAGGCAGAGGAAUAUGUCCCCGUGCCAAAGGGCGAGGUCCACAAAAAGAAGGAGAUCGUGCAAGACGUGACGCUACAUGAUUUGGAUAUGGCCAACGCCCGGCCACAAGGCGGACAGGAUGUGAUGAGCAUGAUGGGGCAAUUGAUGAAGCCCAAGAAGACGGAAAUCACGGACAAGCUGCGCCAGGAGAUCAACAAGGUGGUCAACCGCUACAUCGACCAGGGCGUCGCGGAGCUUGUCCCCGGUGUUCUCUUCAUUGACGAGGUCCACAUGCUGGAUCUCGAAUGCUUCACAUAUCUGAACCGGGCCCUUGAGUCCAGUAUCUCGCCGAUUGUCAUCCUGGCUUCCAACCGCGGCCACACCGUCAUCCGUGGCACUGACGACGUCAGCGCCGCCCACGGCAUCCCUUCUGACCUCCUCGCCCGUCUCCUCAUCAUCCCCACUCACCCCUACAGCCCCGACGAGAUCAAGACCAUCAUCCGCCUGCGUGCCAAGACGGAGGGCCUCAACAUCACCGACCCUGCUCUUGACAAGGUCUCGGAACAUGGCAGCAAAGUCAGUUUGCGUUACGCCCUGCAGUUGCUGACCCCGGCCAGCAUUCUGGCGCGCGUCAACGGACGCCCGGGAGGUAUUGAAGAGGCCGACGUCGCAGAGUGCGAGGAUCUCUUCCUGGAUGCGAAGAGAAGUGCUGCUAUUGUGAGCCAGGAAGGCGAGAAGUUUCUGUAA